AUGGCCGGUGUCGAGAGGCCGCCGCUGCCGAUGCGGCUCGACAACAGCACAAGUCUGAAAGCCAACCUGACUUGCAGCGAAAACGACCCAUUCUACUGCUUUCUACUCGACGAGACAUUGUGUUACUACCCGCUGGUGUUGCUAGUGGUGUUCGUUACCUCGGCCGCAACCUACAGCAUCGUGACGGCGCCUAAAGAAGAAGACGACGAGACUGGCGCGGAGGCGCUGGGCCCAGGCGGGAAAAGGCUGCCUGUGUCGAAGAAGAAAAAGCGCCGUGGCGACAUCGAGCCCGAACGUCUACGAUACGGACCUGUUGUGUCCCCAACAUCCAGGACAUGGCUCACAUGGAUCUCCGCCGCCGUGUUCCUCACCUUCGUCUCCAAUGGCAUUGCUCACUUCAGCUAUGUCAUGCAGGAGCUGGAGGGCGUCGUCCAGGGCGCCAAGGAUUCGCAGUCCAUGAUCGUUUACCUGAUUGCGUCGCCAAACCUGUACCUUUACCUCGUCACCACGCUGAUCGAAUGGCACGAAGCUCCGACCAUCGCUCACUUCAUCACAUGGUGCCUCGCUCUUAUCGGUGAGCUGAUCAUCUGCAUCUGCACUAUUCUACAGGUCACGGACUCCAGCAACGCAAAGGCAUCACAGGUCCAGUCACCACGAACGCAGAUCUCCAAGUGGGCCUUGACGGAUAUCAUCCUGGGCGUCAUCCGCAUCGUCCUGCUGAUGGGCCUCGUUGGAAUUUACGUCGCAGCUUGGUUCCGGAGACCCCAGCAGAAGGAAGACAAAUUCGAGGAGCAGAACUCAAGCCAGCGUGCAGAGGAGACGACACCUCUGCUCAACGGCGCUAACGGCCACCGGAUGUCGUACAGCAGUCAAAACGGACGAUCAGUUCGAACUUCGCGAAACGGGAGCACUGUCGGCAACACUAAUGGCGCAGCCGAGGGCACCCCCGUAUCCAAGGACUACAAAGAACCCGGCUUCUAUCGACCCGACACAGCGCCUCACAAAAGCUGGUGGGAGUACGUCCGGAGUUACCAGGUCUUCUUUGAGUACCAGUGGCCCAAGGGUUCGCCGCACUUGCAAUUUCUCUUCGGCAUCUGCGUGGUCCUGUUGCUUGGACAGCGUGCUGUCAACGUCCUUGUCCCGGUGGUUGUUGGAUGGCUGACCAGGCAGCUGACCCUCCAACAAGCCCCAUGGACUGUUCUGGGUCUGCUCAUUUUUCUCCGACUGAUGCAAGGGACAGGCAUGCUUCUGGAUGCGUUCCGUGCCAUCCUAUGGGUGCCGAUCUCGCAGAACUCAUAUAGGGCUUUAACAUCAGCAGCCUUUGAACACGUCCACUCCCUCAGCCUGGAUUUCCACCUUGGGAAGCGAACCGGGGAGGUGCUUUCUGCCUUGAACAAAGGCGCGUCAAUCAACUCUUUUCUCGAGCAGGCGACGUUCUCGGUCCUCCCCAUGAUUUUCGAUCUUUUCUUGGCUGUCGGCUUCUUUUGCUACUACUUUGACGCAACCUACGGAGCUAUCGUCAGCUGUUUAACAUUCUGGUAUCUCUUCCUGACCAUCCGCAUGGCGCAAACCAGAGCAGACCAGCGAAGAAUCAUGAGCAAUGCCGACAGAGAGGAAGAAGCGGUGAAGAACGACUCGAUCACUAGCUAUGAGACGGUUAAAUACUUCAACGCCGAGGAAUGGGAAUUCCAGCGCUAUCGGAACGCCAUCCAAGCCUAUCAGGACGCCGAAAAGCAAGUCACCUGGGGCGUGAACCGGAUGAACGUUAUCCAGGCCUGCGUCUUCAUGCUCGGAUUCAGCGUGGUCAUGGUUUUUGGCGCCUAUCAGGUGACAAGUGGCGGCAUGGAUGUAGGCAGGUUCCUGACUCUCAUGACGUUUCUCAAUCAGCUGCAGACGCCCCUGAACAUUUUCGGGUCCUUCUAUCGGACCAUUCAACAGGCAAUGAUCUCUGGCGAGCGCCUUUUGGAGCUGUUCAAGGUCAAGCCUACAGUGAUCGACGCGCCAGGAGCCCGGCCCUUGUUGGAAUGCAAUGGCAACAUUCGAUGGAACAAGGUUGCCUUCAACUACGAUCCGAAGAACAAGGCUCUCAAGGACCUCGACUUUGAGUGCAAGCCUGGCACCACAACCGCGUUCGUGGGCGAAUCCGGCGGCGGCAAGUCGACUGUCUUCCGCCUCAUGUUUCGGUACUACAACACGUCUUCCGGCAGCAUCGAGGUUGACGGGCAGGACGUCAAGGACCUUACUAUUGAUUCGGUCAGACGUUUCAUUGGCGUUGUUCCUCAGGAUACCACCAUGUUCAACGACACCCUGAUGUACAACCUCAGAUAUGCCAACCAAGCUGCCACCGACGAGGAAGUAUUUGAAGCUUGCCGAGCUGCCAGCAUCCACGAUCGUAUCAUGUCUUUCCCAGAGCAGUACAACACGAAGGUUGGCGAGCGUGGCCUCAAGCUCAGCGGUGGCGAGAGACAGCGAGUCGCGAUUGCGCGGACGAUUCUCAAGAACCCUAAGAUCAUCAUGCUCGACGAGGCCACAUCAGCCCUUGAUGCGCAUACCGAGCAGCAGAUCCAGGACAGACUCGGGCAUCUUGGCCAGGGCCGGACUCUGCUAAUCAUUGCACAUCGGUUGUCUACUAUUACGCAUGCCGACCAAAUCAUCGUCCUCAACAACGGUACUAUCGCCGAGAAGGGCACGCAUGACCAACUGGUAGCUGCUAAUGGACGGUAUGCCUCAAUGUGGGAGAGGCAAGUGCAGGCAGAACGCGCCGCCGAAAAGGCCCGCGCUGCAAGUAGGAAGGCACAGAAACUCCUUAGAAAGGCGAACAUUGUCUCCAAGAAGCAGACGGACGGACAUUCGGACGGCUACACUAGCCUUGAUUCGUCCACGAUUCUGCCCGGCAGCUCAGGGAACAACUCCAAGGCCAACACCACGGGAGAGGAUUCUUCCAGCUCUUCCAGCAGCUCCGAUGCAGAUUCUAUCCACAGUGGUCACAACGACUCGGAUCAUUCUGAACAUUCUAGACACUCUGAUCGUUCUGGUCAUUCUGGUCGACACUAA